UAAAGUUGAAAUCUGUCUGAAUGUCAACAAUAACAAUAUUGGCAGGGAUUUAAAUUUGCUGUGAUCUAAUUAUUAUUUCUCACAGAAUUUAAUGUUCUUUGAGGCCCUAAUAUUGUGCCUUUCUAUUUUAUAAGUUCAUGGUUUUAAAUUAACUAUAAAUCAAAUAUUUUAUAAAUGCUUAUUGAAUUGCUGCUUAAAAUUUAAAAUGAGUAUGUCACAUAUGAAGCAAUAUCAUUUAAUCGAUGUUAUUUUAUUUAAAUCACUAAAUACAAGUGAUGAACUGAAUAAUGCUUCUACUUCUGGAUCUUUGAGAAAGAAACUGACCAGAUUUCUCUCAUCAGCUUCAUGUUCUACAACUUCUAAAUAUUUUAUUUCAAAUACGAACUGUACUCAAAAUACAGUUUCUACUGUUUUUUCUUCAUCUGAUAGUAGUGCAUUUAAUUCAAUUUCAAAUGCAAAAACUGAAGAAAUGGGAUCUUAUUUGCCAGAAGAAAUUUCUCUUGUGAAUUCUAAAUUUCAAGUCUCUCCAACCAAAGAUGAUGUUGAAGAUGAUUUUCUUGAAUGUAAAAUUGAAAAGAAACUAAGAACUGCACAAACUCAGAAAGCAAAUGUUGGUACUUGUAUUUGUGUUGUGUGUAGAGUGGAUUUAACAAAUUUAGAUCUUGAAAAGCGUACUGUUCACAUGAAUCAGUGUAUUGAUUCACAAUGUUCAGCUGGUCAGGAUAUAGAUUUAAUGUCCUCAGAAGCAUUCAUAUUAGAAUGUCCUUUGUGUUUCAAAAAUUUUCCGUCACCAGAGAUGCGUUCAGCUCAUAUAAAAAAAUGUGGUAAAUCUCGAGGUUUAAGUGCCCAAAGUGUCAUUCAAGCUCUUCAAUUGCAAGAAAAACAUUUUUUAGAAAGAAGAGCCUUAGGACUACCUUUAAAUAAAAUAAAACAACUUAAAGGGCCAAAGAAGCCAUCUGUAAAGAAAUUUACAGUUGAACCUCGAAGUGCAAUGCAAUCUGAUAUACAAUUAGCAAAAGCCUUAUCAUUAUCCCUGGAAUCUAAUGGAAGUCAGAUCUCUCAAAAUGAAAUGCCACAUCAUAGAUAUGAAGAAUCCUCUUCUAUCAUAACACUGAACCCACCCACAGAAUUUCAAAUUCCAGGCAGAGUAAUCAAUAACAAAAGAGUGAAAUUAAGUCAUACACCGUUAUUGCUAACAAGAACUGAGGAAGAAAGAAACAAAAUUAUGCUUGAUAAAGUUAAUGCUGUUAUUAUGCCUGAGGUUAUAAGUGAAGAAAUAUCAAGCAUUCACCAAGAAAGAACUUCACAGCAAGUGCCUUUGUUAUGGAGUUUAAGUGGUAAGGCAGAAGAAAACAAAACUUCAUACUAUGUUGAACAAUUGCUUGAUUGGAUUGCACCGUCCAAUGUUGAUCCUGGAAGCAAGCUGUGCAAUCUCUCUCAAAUACCAGGGCAUCAUAUUUAUACACAACUGCCUUGUGAUUAUACUUUCAGUUGUGAGAGCCAAAAAGGAGAUAUUAAGACAUCUUCAGAUGAUAACCAUUCACCAUCUUUAAUGUCGGGGCUUCGCUCUCUUAUCGGUAAUUCCUGGAUGAGUGAUGUUGCCAUUCAUACUGCCAGUGGUAUUGUCAUACCUGCUCACAAACUAAUUCUAGCAAUAAGGUGUCCUAUUCUAAAAAAGGUAUUUGAAGAUUCAGCUAAUAAUGAAAAGCAUGUUUUAGACAUGAAAAAUACAUCAUUUGAUGCUGCCUUGCAUUUUCUGAAUUUUAUAUACACUGGAUCUACUGAAUGGAAAGAAGAUAUCAUUGAAGAACUGCUGGAAAUAGCAAAAAAGUACGAUGUUAAAGACCUCAUUAAUAUUUUAGAAAGUGAUUGUGGGACAUUAGAGAUGAUGUCUUUGCAAAAUACACAAAUGGAAGAAGAAAGCAGGGUUAAAGAUUGCAUUAUUACCCCUGAAACUUCAUCUGAAAAAGUUACUGUUAUAUCUGAUGAUGAAAUGGAAGCUACUUUCCAUGGGACAACUAAAUUUUCUAAUAGUUUUCAAUCUUCCAGUCUUGAAUCAGCUACAGAUAACAAGAAAAGAGUGGGCAUUGAAGAAACCUCUGAAGCACUAUCUGUUUGUGAUGAUAUUUUAAACAAACUGACAAAUCAUUCUGAAAACUCUAAAUAUGCAUUUUUCACAUCUGAAAAAAAUUGUGAAAGUUGUUCUGAUUUCAGCUCUCACGAUUUAGCAUUUUCCAAUAGGCAUGAGGAAUCUAAAAUUUCUCCUGCAAUUGUUGGAACACAAGAAGAUGAAAAUUCUUCCUCUAAUGAUUCGUGUAAAGUUGUUCAUGUCAGUUUCAUGGCACAAGAGGAAUCCUCUUGUAAUUACAAUGAAAAUGAGUUAAUUUCUGAACAUGAUAAGAAUUCUAAUAAAGAUAAAGAUCAGAUUAUUUCUCUUGAUAAAAAAUCUUCCUCUGAUUCUUUUGAUCAAAUUGUUGAAAAAUGUGAUAAGAUGGAUGAAACCAGCAAAAAGAUAAUUAGUUCUACAAAACAGGAGCUUGAAAAUAAUCUUUGUUUCUCACGUACGAGUGAAACAGAUAAUUCAGUUGAUACUGAUGUGGAAAUAAUUAAAGAUAGUCAAAGAGAAAAUUUGUCUCAAAAUUUCAGACAUUCUGCAAUUAGUUUUGAUAAUGCAUUUAAUUCUGCCGAUUCUAUUACAAAAUCUCUUUCAACUACUGAUAUUAAGAAUUAUCAAUUAGAAACAAGUCCUGUCAAGAAUUUUGAUAAGAGUGUUGAAGAAUCACCCAAGCAUGUGUCUAGUAGACGUAAUGAUGAAUCUAAAUUAAGUCUUGAUGAAGGAGUUGCUAUUGAUUCAUAUCCAUCUUAUAGCGAAUGUUAUAAUAUGACUUUUGACAACAGGGACAUUUCAUCACCAGAAAUAAUUACCUGUGAUUCGGAAGAUGAUUUAAAUAUACCAAUUAAUAAUUCUGGCUACUCUGACUUGAAAAUGUCAACUAAAAAUGUUAGCUCUCCAAUGAAAAAUGUUAAAAAUCAUAUAUUAGAUGAAAAAUAUCAAUCUAGUGAUGAUUUAAACUUCCCACUAAAUAAUUCUACCUUUAGUGAAUCAUUUAAAACUGUUAACUCACCAAAAGAAGAAUCUAAAAAUAAGGGAGCAAAUGAUGAAUGUCAUUCUGAUGACAAUGUUGUAUUGCUCGAUUCUGAUGAAGAUGUUUCUGCAAAUGAUAUUAUGUAUCCUUUGAGCCCCCCAGAUGUUGGUUCUGACAACACAAGUUACAGACAUCACAAGUUUUCUUCAAGUGCUAAAGAUUGCGCGACCACCCUUCAUUACCAGUCACCUUCCGUUUCUGGCACCUCUUGUGUUAAUAGCAAAAUUAAUUAUCCGGAAGUAAUUAUUUUCGAUUCUGAUGAGGAAGAUGAGUUUAAUAAGACGCAUAAAGAGUCUCCAGUUAAAUCAUACGAAGAAAAUCAUAAAAUAAAUCCAUUACUCUCUUGUAAAAGUCAUAAAUAUGAAUCAUUUGAUUCCCCAACUAAAAAUAAAGAUGAAAAUAAAAGUAUUUUUGCUACAAUUCAAAACAAUAAAAAACCUUCCCAAAAUAUCAGCAGUUGUGCAGAUUCUAAUAUUCUAUCUGGAGUUCCUCUCUCCAGUUCUGAAAUGAAUUCUUUUCGAUUGAAAUCACAAUUAAAUUUAUCACCUGAAUCACCUUGGAUAUUGAAAAGUAAGAAAUCAUUGGACGAUUUUAAGACAUCCAGCAUUUGCUUGAAAAAAAAUAAAAAGUUAAAUCAUCUGAUAGAAGUUCAAGAAAAUAAAGGCUCAGUUGAAACUAAAUGUGAAAUUCUACAAGACAGUAUUCCUACAUCCCAAAAUAAAGUGAAGAGAAACUGUAAUCAAUCUGGCCUUUCAACACCAAACAGUGUCUUACAACAAUUUAAGCUAACAGAUUCACCCAUAACUCCCUUUCCAGAUUAUCAAAAUAUGGUUACACCUGAAAUAAAAGAAGCAUUGAAAAAAAUUGGUGUCAAAGCCCUGCCCAGAAAGAAAGCUGUUGCUGUUCUCGCACAUGUUUAUGAAGAAACUCAUCCAUUAAUUGGGAAAACAUCAAAUCAUGAAGGUCAAAUGCCUGCUUCACAGAUGUCUCAAGUUUCAUCCAAACUGUCCAGAUCAAAACAGUCUAAAUCCAAUCCUGUUUCUCAAAAACGUAAGAGAUCAGACAAAAAAGUUGAUGAUAAAGCUAAGAAACCAACGGCUGUGAUAUCUUCACCAGUGAAAAGUCAGUCUGAAGACAGUUCUUUUAGCAGUCCAGAUGCAAAGAAUACAAAGAAAAGAAAGUCAGAUUAUCUCAGUUUGUCUUCUGAAUUAAGUGAUUGCAGCCAGCCUGAAAGCAAGGAGAAAGUACAAUUAAUUUCUGAUUACAUCUUAAAAAAUGAUAUGUUGUAUACACAGAUACUCACUUACACGCCUAUCAACAUAGUCGAGUUCCAAACGGAUCUUAAAGAUAGUGGAAUUACAAUUGGUUUACAGAAAUUGAUGAAUUACUUUGAUGAACAGAAUUUAAUCAUUUCAGUGCAUUACUUUUCACCUACCGAGAAAAGAAGAAUAUAGAAAAAAGCAGCAAGCUCGAACACAGCGCUUCAGGAAGAGAAUGAUUGCUAAAUUAUCCCAAAAGACAUAACACACUUUUCUUUAAUCUAAAAUGUAAAUAUUUUGUUAUAAUUUUAAAGGUUUUAAUUAUUAAAACAAUACAAUUUUGUACAUUUUUAAAGAUAUUUAUUAUUAAAAGAUUUUAAUUUUUUAUCUUAGUCAAUUUUUCUGUUUCGUUUAGAAUUUAAAUACUAUACUGUUCGCAAUGUGCUUAAAAUCCAUUACAGUUAUUUUUCCUUAUGCCUACUAUAAAUGCUAAUGCCUUUUUAUUUAAAUAUAUACUAAAUUAACUACAUUUUUUUUCUUUUUGAAUCAAUAAGAAUAUCUUAAGGCAUCACAAAAGAAAAAGCAAGUUUAGAUUUUAAAAGAUAUUUAUGUUAAAGGCAUAGAGUUCAUAAAUCUCUGCUGUAUUUAAGAAGGGAGAACACAAUAUUCCUUUAAAGCAUUUUGUCUCAAAAAUUAUGUAGCACAAUAAAAGUAUAAACAAAUAUUUUUGACUUUAUUAAUUUCAUAAAUAACUGAUAUUUAUCAAAAUAUCAAGAAAAAUAUACACUGAGUAUAUAACCUUCAAAUAAAUACACACAUAUUUGAUACUCAAAAUAAACUUCAACAAAUGGAAAUCACAACUUGCAAACAAACAAAAAAUAUAAUCACAACAGUAAAAGACGGAUUUAGUUAAUUGUAUUACUUUUCAAAAAACCUACUCAUUUCCUAGAAUAAACUCGCGACAAAACAAGAAGAAAAAUAGUCAUUUACAUGUCACAUGUUUCCACACACACUUUCACCAAAAUGAUUGUCAGUUUUAUAUUUCAAUUGCAUAUAAUGCAACUAGUCAUUUUUUUACACCACCUAUUUACAUUGACAACAUAUACAAAACAUCUAAGUGAAUGACG